AUGACAGCAAACUUAGUCGGUCGACCUAAUUUUUUAAAUACAAUCGCAUAUGAUGCCACAAAUGUCUUGGUAAAGUUAACGAACUAUGGAAUAAGCUGUCUGGCAAAUGUGACCGCGACAGCAUCCGAAGUUAUGCAGUCCAAAGACUAUUUGGAAAAAUCUGCUGUCUGGGCAUAUACUGUAGUUAUUGUACUCGCUUGGGAAAUCUAUUCGAAAGGUUCUAAACCUAUGAUUCAUCAAGUUGGCACAUAUUCUGAUGACAAUGAUCGGCGCAUGCUAGCUGGUGAACGUCUCGUUCGACCAGUUGCACAUUUUCAAGUGCAAUGGACGAUCUUUUCGGAAUGCACGAAACACAAUUCAAUUCAGGGUUCGACAUUUGUUCAAGUACGAGAAAAGAUACGUCGGUUUUGA